AAUCUGCCUAGCAACCGGGGAAGCCGGGCUGCGAAGCGGGCAAUUUCAGUGUGAGACGGAGCGGCGAGACCAAGCGGCGGCUUCGAGCGCUGCGCGGCGGCUCCUCCCGCCCGGGGUCAGCGCCCCGGCGCGCGCACGCGCACCCCCGCUGCCCGAACGCGCUCCGCGCCGCCCGCGCAGUCAGUCGGUCGAUCGUCCGUCGUCCUGUCGCCGCCGCGGGCGCCACCCGAGGGAGCUGCCGCCGCGAGACCCAAGCGGACGGGAUCCGACUUUGCCACCCGAGGCCGUCUGGGGCCCAGCAGUCGCCCGCAGAGGCGCCGAGCAACUUCGGUUGGCCAGCACGUUGACAGAAGUUGCCUUUUGACAUAGCUCCCACCAUGGCCGGCUGGUAGGACCACCGUCCCAUGCCCAGAAGCCAGUUCAGAAUGACUGAAGAAGCAUGCCGAACACGGAGUCAGAAACGAGCACUUGAGCGGGACCCAGCGGAGGACGAUGUGGAGAGCAAGAAGAUAAAAAUGGAGAGAGGAGUGCUGGCCUCGGAUUUAAAUGCUGACGGAGACACGCGAGUGACGCCUGAGUCGGGAGCAGGUCCCGCCCAAGGGCUGCUGAAGGGGACAGAGGCGACGGCCACGGGCAGAGGCGAAGGGCAGGCGGGCGACGGGCCUGUGGACAUGCGGACCACGCACAGUGACAUGAAGUCUGAGAGGAGACCCCCUUCGCCUGAUGUGAUCGUGCUGUCUGACAACGAGCAGCCUGCGAGCCCGAGGGUGAAUGGGCUGACCGAGGAGCCCCCGAAGGAGACCAGCACCGAGGCCCUCAUGAAAAGCAGUCCCGAAGAACGAGAAAGGAUGAUUAAGCAACUAAAAGAAGAGUUACGGUUAGAAGAAGCAAAACUGGUUUUGUUGAAGAAGUUGCGGCAGAGUCAAAUACAAAAAGAAACUCCCACCCAGAAGCCCGCAGGCUCCACUGGGAGCUCCGUGACCACCCCUCCCCCGCUUGUACGGGGCACCCAGAACAUUCCUUCCGGCAAGCCAUCACUUCAGGCCUCUGCAACUCGGAUGCCUGGCAGUGUCAUCCCACCACCCCUGGUCCGUGGCGGGCAGCAGACGUCCUCAAAGUUAGGGCCUCAGGCGAGCUCCCAGGUCGUCAUGCCCCCACUCGUCAGGGGGGCCCAGCAAAUCCACAACAUCAGACAACAUUCCAGCACAGGGCCACCGCCACUCCUUCUGGCUCCCCGGGCGUCUGUGCCCAGUGUGCAAAUUCAGGGACAGAGGAUCAUUCAGCAGGGCCUCAUCCGUGUCGCCAACGUCCCCAACACUAGUCUGCUCGUCAACAUCCCACAGCCCUCCCCAGCAUCGCUGAAAGGAACGGCAGCCACCUCUGCUCAGGCCACCUCCACCCCCACCAGCGUGGCCUCCGUGGCCACCGCUGCGGAUUCUCCAGCCAGUCGGCAGGCGGCCGCCAAACUUGCACUGCGCAAACAGCUGGAGAAGACGCUGCUUGAAAUCCCCCCACCCAAACCCCCUGCCCCCGAGAUGAACUUCCUGCCCAGCGCUGCCAACAACGAAUUCAUCUACCUGGUGGGCCUGGAGGAGGUGGUGCAGAACCUGCUGGAGACACAAGCGGGCAGGAUGUCGGCCGCCGUCGUGCUCUCCCGGGAGCCCUACAUGUGUGCACAGUGCAAGACAGACUUCACGUGCCGCUGGCGGGAGGAGAAGGGCGGCGCCAUCAUGUGCGAGAACUGUAUGGCGUCCAACCAGAAGAAGGCGCUCAAGGUGGAGCACACGAGCCGCCUGAAGGCCGCCUUCGUGAAGGCGCUCCAGCAGGAGCAGGAGAUCGAGCAGCGCCUCCUGCAGCAGGGCGCCGCCCCCGCGCAGGCCAAGGCCGAGCCCGCCGGUGCCCCACUCCCUGUGCUGAAGCAGGUCAUAAAACCCCGGCGUAAGUUGGCGUUCCGCUCAGGAGAGGCCCGCGACUGGAGUAACGGGGCUGUGCUACAGGUCAGAACUAGGGCGCCGGGAGCCCCCCGCACCGCACAACCAACCAGCCCUCACGCCCCCGACCGUGACCACGCCUCCAGCCAGCUGUCCCGGGGCUCGGCCACAACACCCCGGGGCAUCCUGCACACAUUCAGCCAGUCGCCCAAACUGCAGAACGCAGCCUCGGCCACCACCCUCGUCAGCAGGACGGGCAGACAUUCCGAGAGGGCCAUGAGUGCUGGCAAGGGCAGCACCGCCUCCAGCUGGAAGAAGGCGCCCCUGAGUACAGGUGGGGCCCUCGCAUUUGUCAGCCCGAGCUUGGCGGUGCACAAGACCUCCUCAGCCGUGGACCGCCAGCGGGAGUACCUCCUGGACAUGAUCCCGCCCCGCUCCAUCCCCCAGUCAGCCACGUGGAAAUAGUGCGCCAGUGGAGAACAGGCUCCCUCCCUCCCACCUGGCCCAGCACCCUCCGUUUGGGAAGACACCUCGCUCCCCAAGAAGGCGAGCGCGCGCAGGCCACGCUGCAAAAGUGAGAGCUCCGGUCUUGGCUACAAAGUCUCGUCGCGUUGCGGAGGAAUGCUUCACAGGUGGACCAGGAUUCAUACUGGGGGACCUUUCCCGUGGGCUUCCUUCCUUUCUUUGCCUUUAGUUUGCCCAACACCAGCAGAAAAGCGGACCUCGGGGCCGGCUCUGCUCCUGGCCCUCCCCUUCAGCCCCUGGCAGGGCUCGUGGACGGCACGCCCAGACACUGUGACACGCUCGGGCAGCGGUGCCCGGCGCUGCAGAAGUUGAGCGGAGCAUUGUUUUGUUUUGCUUUGCCCCCGUCUUAGCCUCCUAAUCUCUGACUGCCUUUCUUCAUGGCAAUCCCUAGGUUGACAGAUUUUUUAAAAUCACCUCACGAUGAUGGAGUUUAAUGUAAACGGUGCAGAGCCAGGGUUCCCUGCCAAGCACGACCCCGGUGCCCUGGGGGGUGGGCCGCUCACCCCCCAGCCCUCACUCCAGCAGAAGGCCUCUGCUACUGCUCAUCCCGGAGACGCCCUCCGACCUUCCACACUCAAGCAGAAGAACAAACUGCAACCCAGACCCAGCCAGAGAGCCUGGGGCCUGGAAGCCGAGUGCCGCCGCCUGAGUAGGGAGGGGAGGGUCAGCCGCCACACCCUGAGCCGGAGAAGGAGGUCAGAGGGGCCGGCUGUUGUGUUUUUUGUUGUGGUGGUGAUUUAUUUUAUUAAAUCGUUUCCUUUUCUUUUCCUACUUACUUUGAUGGACACAUCCUAAGCCCUGGCCUGUGCUCCUGUCGAGUGUGUCUGCGUGGGGAGGCCCCACCCCCCCCCAGACUUCAGGGUUUGCAUUUGGGUCUAGUUUAGAACCUCCCUUAAAAAGCAGGGCCACGCUGCCAGGGUUUGCCUUCCGACUUUUUUUUUAAUCCUCUAGCGUCUACAGAAAUGUCUCACCAAGGAUCAGGUCUGCUCUUAGUUGUGUUCUGGUUUGUUUUCUCCCACUCCUUAAAAAUCAGUCCAUGAGGAGAGGUAGAAGCUGCUGUGCGUGUGCUGCACAUGGGCCAGCUCUGCAGGCGUGAGGGUGUCACGUGUGCCUGCACGCACGUGUGGAGAUGGGGUGCGCUGCUCCUCACUUCAGCCCCAGCCCUGGUUUUCCUGUCCAUGCAGUUAGGGACUUAAUUUAAAAUUCUUAAUUUGUAGGGCCACCUUCCUCAUAUACACUGCUGCACCGUUCUAAUAAAGGCUCAUUUAACCCCCCCUCAUGUUGUGUGAAUAUCCGUGUUUAGAAGACAUUUUUGACAUGCAAUAGAAGACCUAGUUUUGCAAAGCGUUUGAAUUUUUUGUCGAAAGCCCUAAAUUUCUCAUUGAUUUUUGUUUUGAGUGCAUAAAGAAGGUGGCCUGAAGGAGGGGAGGACUGGAGAACGGUGGCUUUCAUUCCAAGAUCCAGGGAUUUGGGGAAAGGGGGAAAUUGACCUUUGGGGGGGGUGGUGGGGAAGGGUGUGUUUUUACACCAAAAAAUCAAGAGUAUGCAAGCAUUUCUAUUCCUCGCAUUUUUCUGUGUGCCUGGCAAAUAAAUACCUGUCUUACACUACUCCGAGCUGUUAGCUCUCUCUGCUCGACGACAUGGGCCAGAAUUCCCUAACCCUACAAGAAGCAGUAGGGUGCCAAGCAGCAACUCGGGCGUCUCGGCCAGGGUCGCCUCUGCACUGGGGGUGCCCAGGGUUGCUGCAGCCCCACAGGGGUUGACUGGGUCUGUGACUCCGGGGCUCAAAACCAAGCCACUCUCAUUGGCCCCGGAUCCUCGCCCCAUCACUCUCCACCAUGCUCAGGAUCCACCUCUCCUCACCUCAUCCGGCCAGACUUCUCGAGGCUACUGCCUGGACCUUGUGAGCUGAGUACAGACUGACCGCCACAGGCAGAGGGCAUGGUGGCUGGGCCCUGACCCGUUCUCUGCCUCCUCCAGCCCAGCAUUUGCAGGAACAUUCCCAUGGGUAGGACUUACUGUGACAUAAAUGUAGCUUUUUUAAAAGGGAUCAAGAAAAAAGGGGGGAUCCAGGAGGUGAGAUGCCUUAAUCUUGAUUCAUUUCCCGUCUCAAAACUUCUAUCCCCCUCUUCUUCCCUUUAGUUUCCCCUUUGCAUUGUCACUCCUAUAAGCCUCAAGUGCAUGGUUCUGUGCUAAAAUUUAUAAUGUUAUUGAGAAAGGGCAUUAAAUAUCUUUCAAGUAUGGGAAGGGUGUUAACAUUAAAGGUAUUCCCCCAGCCCCAAAGCCCACCCCUCAAAAUGGGCCGUGCUUCUGGGAGUCUGUAGGCUGAGAGGAUGUGGUUCCCAGGAGAACCAGAGAACGUGGGAGCCCCCAGUCCCAAAUGACUAUUGUAACUGCCCAGUAAUCUGCAACAGAAGCCCCCAGUGACACCUGGAAACUUCAGAACGCUGGCUGUUACAUGGACUGGGGUGCAGGGCUCACCAGGCUCCCUUCCCCAUCUGAAAUGCCUGUGUGCAGAGGCCCACAGGUUGUCCAUGGGUGCUCGCACAGGGAACUCUGCGUCCACUCAGAGCUGCCCAUGGCUCUGGCCAUCCCGACUGUCGUGGGGACCCUAGUCCUCAGUGUCCCGGGUGUAUCUGUUGGGACCCACACCUUUGACAAAGUCAAGAAUGACUGCCCUGCGAGGUAGGGGUGGGUGGCGGCUGUGGUCUGGAAGCAGAAGGUCACUUUUGUACAGAGGGAAGGAAAGAGGCGACAAGACACCCCUGCGUGGCUCCCGAGUGGCCCACUAGUCACUGCUGUGGCUGGAGAGACACGGGAGUCUUCUGUAUGAAUCGUACAUUCCCAUCACAGGCGUGGAUAAUGGAAAGACGGCCCUCGCUGCUCUGCCGUUGGGUUUUUCUUUGAUGCCUGGUUAUGCUGCACAUGGCGUUUGCCUAAAGAAGCUGGAGUGAGUUUUUUUUUUUUAAGGACAGCUAAAGUUUUAUAAUCCUUAAAGAGUAAUAGUCACACCAGUGUAGGGUAUUUGGGAGGUGGUUUGUUUUGAUUGGGGGAAGGAGGUUGUCACUUGUAUUUAUUGUGACUAUAAGCCUUUGAUGAUACUGUUAAAAAACAAAGUGACCACCAAACCGGCAUAGAAGUUCCAGUAAAGACGCUGGAAUCAAUGGCUAUGCAUUGUGUCAUGAAGUUUUAGAAUCUGAAGGAUAAUAAAGAAACGGAUGAUGUG